AUGUUCUUCUUCCGCAUCUUUAACAAUAAUUUUAGCUCCAAGGGCAAAACCAACAGCUCCCAAGCGACCUAUGCCAUGCCGACUGGCCAGAAAGCCCCUCGGGUCGACGAAGAUGAACAGCUCCUUCGUCUCCGGGGAGGCUGUUUUGGUGGACAUUUCGACGGCAACCGCGGAACCGGCGGAACUACUGGAGCCGGUGCUGGAGUCGUGAUGAGCGGUGGUGGGGCAACCAGUGCAUGUGGAGGGACAGCUGGGGGCGGGGGAGGGGGUGGCUGUGGUGGAGGAGGGGGUGGUAGUGGUGGUGGUGGUGGCGGUGGAGGUGGAUGUGGCGGAGGGGGCGGAGGGGGCGGGUGCUGA